AUGGUAAAGGAGUUCUACCUUCAUGAUGCUUGGAAGCAGAGUAAAUUGAUGAGAAUUCUCCCUUUGCACGUGGUCAAUUCUAUCAAGGCCAUCCUCUUCAACAACGAUAGAGAAGACAGACCCAUUUGGACCCCGGAUCCUUCAGGGGAUUUUACUUGUAAAUCCGCAUGGCGCACAGUGAGAUCUAAGAAAGGAACUACUCUUACAGGUAUGACUAUUUGGUAUAAAAAGCUUCCUUUUAAAGUCUCCGUUUUUAUGUCGAGAGUCUUAUUGGAUCAGGUGGCAACUGACGUUGCUAUUAAAAGAUUUGGGGUGAAUAUUGCCUCCAUACAUUGGUCCAAGGCCAGAUGCUCAGCUAGGUUUGACGAAAAGCACAUGUCUCAUCGCUUCAUUAUCCAGCAAGUGAUCAAGAUGAUAAAUAUGUUUAUCCAUACGAGUUUCCAAGAUUUGCACCUGCCCAACAUGUGGCAUGAUACUUACAGUAAAAUUGAGAAGCUCUCUCUUGCUAUUCAUUGUCAAAUCUUUUAUUGGCAUAAACCUCCAACAGGCUGGGUUAAACUCAAUAUUGAUGGUUGCAGCAAAGGUAAUCCAGGUUCGGCAGGUGGUGGUGGUCUUAUCAGAGAUCACAAUGGUGUGUUGAUUGGUGCUUUUGCAGAAUUCUACGGAGAUUGUAGUUGCAAUAUUGCGGAAGCUAAAGCUAUGAGGCGAGGCAUCAAAAUGUAUAUUACAAAUGGCCUCACAAAUGUUAUAGUCGAAUAUGACUCGGCGAUUAUUCUUAACUUGAUCAAAAGAACCAGGAAACCACCCUGGAGAUUCAAUAAUAAUAUUGAGCAGAUUCAAACCAUGACCAAGCAUCGUAACUUUGUCUUUUGUCACACCUUGAGAGAAGGAAACAACUCUGCUGACAAGCUUGCUAACUUGGGUGAAGAAUCCAAAAUUGUUUCUAUCUUCAAUGAGGUUGUCUCAUUACCAUUGAAUGUUAGAGCUUCAAUGAAGUUAGAAGUUGAUGGGAUCCCUAACUUCAGAUUCAGACAGAAGAAAAACAAGUUCGUUAUCAAUGACAGCACCUACCAAUAA